AUGAGUUCAAAAAAAGUGAUAGCCGAAUAUGGAAGUUGGUGGAGUUCUGUCGAUACAAGUGUUUUGAAUAGUGGCAAUUGUAAAGUGAUUUCUGAAUUGCAGUGUGGUGAAAACUCAGUAUUUUGGGUGGAAUCAAAAUUUCCUACUGGCCGACGAGCACUGUUUCAAGCGAAAAAAGAUGAAGAUGAAAUAAUUGAAUGGACUCCACAAGAUGUUAGCGUAAGGAGUACAGUACAUGAAUACGGUGGUGGGUCAUUCAUUGUUGUCGAUGAUGCGCCGUAUUAUAUUACUCUGGAUGGCAUAUUCAGGCAGGUAGCCGCAGGUAAUGAACCCAAGAUGAUUGUUGCUGGUGAUCAUUCACAUCGCUUCGCAGAUCUGUGUUAUCACAAGGAUGUCUUAUUUGCUGUUUAUGAGGUGCAUUCUGGGAACGAGGUGGAAAAUAUGAUCGUGCGAAUUGUAGAAGGUACAGUUCAGCCUAUUGUUACUGGUGCAGACUUUUAUGCGUUUCCUCGCAUAAGUCCUAAUGGACAGUGGUUCACGUGGAUGGAAUGGAAUAUGCCGAAUAUGCCAUGGGACGAAACAACAGUUGUUAUUUCUUCAAUUAAAGAAAAUGGUGACACUGACGAGAUUUUCCGAAUUUCUCGUGAAGGUGUCAAUUAUCAUAGUCCAGAGUGGAAUUCAGCUGGCAAUUUAUAUUUAAUUUCGGAUCAUACUAAUUGGUGGAAUGUAUACGAGGUCAACUUAACUGAACGUAAAUUGGACCAAAACUUAUUUCCAGUUGAUGCAGAAAUUGGUGCUCCGCUUUGGCAAUUUGCUGAGCAUCAUUUUGCUUCAAAUAAAAGGGGCAUUUUGAUGAAUGUUUCUGGAAAAUUGGUGUAUAAGCAAUGGAAUAAAAAAGUGAAAGCGAUCAAUUGCUCGGGCUACACAAGUUUCAAAUGUCUCGCUCUAGAUGAGAGCGGUAUUGCUUAUGCGAUUGCCUCAGGUCCGGCCAAGUCGUCAUCAGUAAUCAGAAUUCAGCUCGAUACAGAGCAGGUGGUUGUUCUCCGAGAAUCACGAUUUUCCUCUGAUAUUGAUAAGUAUGAUAUUUCAAUGCCGGAAUCGAUGUAUUUUCAGUCAGAUGGUAUCACUGUACAAGCCUGGUUUUACCCACCAUUUUCCAAAACGUGUGCAGCUCCAGAAGGUACUUUGCCACCUGUCGUUCUACUCGCACAUGGUGGUCCCACGGCUUAUUCUUCGAACACUCUUGAUAUGAGAAUUCAGUAUCUAACCACAAGAGGUUUCGCUGUUUGUGAUGUGAAUUAUCGUGGUUCCACUGGAUUUGGGAAAGUUUUCCGUAACAUGUUACGACGUAAUUGGGGUGUCGCUGACAGAAAUGAUAUGAUUAACGCUGCUAGUCAUUUAAUUUCCCAGAAGCGGGUUGAUCCGAAACGGUUAUGUAUUAUGGGCAGUUCGGCAGGCGGUUAUCUUCUUCUAGCCACCAUUUUAAAAUCUGAUUUAUUUUCUGCAGCGGCCUCACUGUACGGUGUGAGCGAUUUGAUUGGUUUGACGAAAGACACUCACAAAUUUGAGCUUGGUUAUAACGAACAGCUCAUUGGAAAGUUUCCGGAAGAGAAAGCCCUUUAUGAGCAAAGGUCACCGUUAAGUCACAUAGACCAGCUUUCAACACCAAUUGCAUUCUUCCAUGGUGAAGAUGAUACGGUAGUACCACUCGCACAAAGUGUACGGUUACAUGAAGCGUUAAAGAUGAAAGGGGUGCCCACUUCACUAACUGUUUUUCCAGGUGAAACUCAUGGCUUUAAAGGGUCUUUCGCGAGUGAAGUGACGUUGAAUGGUUUCUAUUACUUCUUUUGUCGUAUGCUGGGUAUUAAACCUUCAGUGGGAAGUCAGAUUCAAAUUGAGAAUUUAUCAAAAUUGGAAGCAGAAGAAAGUCGAUAA